AUGUUUUAUAAGAUACAUGUUUAUAUAAUAAUAUACAUAAUUUUCUCAAUAUGCAUUUCUUUGAAAAUUAAGGCUUUUCAUGAAAUAAACAAAACAUACAUAUACUUAAAAAGGGAUAAUAAUUAUACAUAUAAUAGCAGAUUAUUUGGAAACAGUUAUUGUAUAGGUAGAAAAUUUUCAUCGAGUAUUAAAAAGUGUUUCAAAAAGUAUAAUACAAAACUUUAUUAUAAUUAUAAAAAGGAAAAUUAUAUAAAAAGAAAAGUUUGUCAUAACAAUAGAAGGUUUACUUUUCGAUAUAUAAGCAAUAAACUAUUGAACGAUACAACCAUUAAAAAAAGAAAUGCAAUUUAUUGCCAAAAAAGCAAAACAGAUGAUGUAAAAAAUAUUGAAUUGAUAGAUGUAUUAACAGAUUUAAGUAAAGACCCCUCAAAAGUGGACAAAAUGGAGCAUGAUAGCACUUUAGCUAGUAUUGAAAAAAGAGAGGAGUCAAAUUUAGGUAACGAAAUUUUGAUUGACAACCAAAAAAAUGGUGAGAAAAAUGAUUCAGCAUCAAAAUGUAAUGAUGAAAUUAAUUUAUCAUGUUUUAAUAUGAAUACAAAAGAAAAGAAAAAAAAAGUUGUUAUAAUCAUGGGAAUAACAUGCAGUGGAAAAACUCAAUUUAGCAUCGAUUUAAACAACGAACUAUUAAAGCAUGAUAUAAAAGGGGAAAUAAUAAGUGCUGAUUCAAUGCAGGUAUAUAAAAAUUUUAGUGUUGGAGUAGCAAAAGUAGAAAAUGAAGAGAUGGGGGAUAUAAAGCACCAUAUGCUAGAUGUAUGUGAUAACACCGAAGAAUUUAAUGCUCAUAAAUUUGUUAAUUAUGCUAUUCCAAUUAUUGAAUCUAUUAAUGAUAGAAAUAUGGUGCCAAUUGUUGCUGGGGGGACAUUAUUAUAUAUAGAAUCUUUAUUGUGGGAAUCAGUUGUAGAUAUAAGGAAAGAGAAUGAUAUUGAAAUCGAUAAAAUAAAACAUGAUGAUUAUACAAAUAAAACAAAUGAUGAAUUGCAUGAAGAGCUGAAAAUGGUUGAUCCAGAAAGAGCUGAAGAAUUACACAAAAAUGAUAGAAAAAGAAUUUGUAGAAGUUUAGAUAUUUUUUAUACAUUUAAUAAAAAACAUAGUGAUUUAAUAAAAAUGAAGUGCCAUAAAAAUAAUAACCUCGAUAAAACGCGAUAUGCACCUUGCUUUUUUUAUUUAGAUCAUAAAGAUGAUUGUAUAUUAAAAGACAAAAUUGAAAAAAGAAUAAAUAUAAUGAUUUCAAAAGGAUUACUAGAAGAAGGAAUAAAAUUAAAAAAAAUGCCAAAUAAUACAAAUACAAAAUUAAAAGGAAAAGGUAUACGUCAAAGUAUUGCAUAUAAAGAGUUUGAUAGUUAUAUUGAAAAAAAAAUAAAUAAUAUUGAUGAUAAUGAUUUAUUUAACAAAUGUAAAGAUAACUUAUUUAGAAAAACAUAUCAAUAUGCGAAAAGACAAAGAAGAUGGAUAUUAAAUAGAUUUAUAAAAAGAUAUAAUAUCCCAUUAAAUGAAAUAGAUGUAUCAAAAAAUUAUGAACAACAAUUAAGCAAUGCAGUGAAAAUUGUAUUAGAUUUUUGGAAAAAUUAA